CAGGUCUUCCCCCAACCCAGGAGCAGAUGAAUCACGAAAAACUCCUCAAGAAUCGGAAGGGGAAGGGCGCCGCGGCCGACGCUGCCCUUGCCAAGGCCAAAACCGUCCAGGCAGCUGACUCCAACUCUUCCGCCUCCCAGGCCGAUCGUCGCACCGUGGAGGCGGAGCAGCACCUCAUUGCCACGGUGUUGGCACAAGGGUCCCAGGCCCCAGUCCUUGAUUCUGGCGUCCCCGAGGUUGUGGCGCCUCUGCAGGCCGUCCAUCCCCAGGAGGGGGAGAAAGCGGACAAAAAGUCCAAAAGGCCCAGGGGAACUGGUUCUUCGGCCCUUGAAGGGCAAGGGGUGAUCCUCCCCUCUCUCGGACGUCCGGCGCAUGACGUUUGGCAGGAGGUUGCCUCUCUGGCCGGCGUGGAGAUGCCUCCCCGCACGUCUUCGGAAGCCUCCAAUGCGGCCCUGGCCGCCGCUCUUCAGGUCGGGCUCUCCGUUCUGCAGUCUGAGGCUGCCCGAGAUGCCGAGGUCCUCCAGGCGAAGACCAAGGCAGAUGCUGCUCUGAAGAAGGCGAGAGAGGCCGCUCGUCUUCAGGAAAAGGAGCUUGCGGCCAAGGAUAAAGAAUUGCAGGCCGCCCUGAAGGCAGCCCGUGAGUCCUCCGCGAAGCUCGCGGUCCUCGAGAAGGCCGGGUUCAAGCUCGUCCCAGCUCUCCCUGCCCCCAAAGACGAAACCCCUGAAUGGCUCGUCGACGAUUCUGGGUACCACAACUCCGGGGCCUUCAUGAUUGCCGCCCAGAGGUACCUUGGGGGCGCCUUUGGUGAUGUCUUCGCUGCCGAGCUGCAAAAGCAGGCGCCCAAGGACCGCCUCAAAUUCGGGGUCCGAAUCCUGGAGAGUGCGCCCCUGGCCGAGAAG